AUGAAUAAAAUACCGUUUUUAAAAAAGAAAAAAGUUGAAGAGAAAAGUAGAAAAAUUAGAGCUAAUGAUCCUAAUGGCAAUGCUGAGCAAGAAUUUGCUGGUAACCAAAUAUCGACGUCAAAAUAUAACUUAAUAACAUUUUUACCUAAAAAUCUUUUUGAACAAUUUCGUCGAUUAGCUAAUGCUUAUUUUUUAUUUCUUCUAUGUUUACAACUUAUUCCACAAAUUAGUUCUUUAGCACCUGUUACAACUAUUUUACCACUUGUUUUCGUCUUGUCAUUAACAGCAAUAAAAGAUGCUAGUGAUGAUAUUGCAAGGCAUCGUAGUGAUAAUCAAGUAAAUAAUCGUGAAACUAAAACAGUAGUUGGACAUGAAUUAGUAACUAGGAAAUGGAAAGAUAUUAAAGUUGGUGAUAUGGUACGGUUAGAAAAUAAUGAAUUUGUAACUGCUGAUAUUGUGCUUGUAUCUACAAGUGAACCAAAUGGUCUUUGUUAUAUAGAAACAGCUGAAUUAGACGGUGAAACAAAUCUUAAAGCACGUCAAGCUUUAGAAGAAACAUGUGGUCUUGAAGAUCAUAUUGAUCAAUUAUCUGCUUUUGAUGCGGAAAUUGAAUAUGAAGCACCUAAUAAUAAUCUUGGACGAUUUGAAGGAAAUUUAACAUGGAAAGGAAAAACAUUGCCAUUGAAAAAUGAUAAUGUUCUUUUACGUGGUACUAGGUUAAGAAAUACACAAUGGGCUUUUGGAAUCGUUUGCUAUGCUGGUUCAGAUACAAAGUUAAUGAAAAAUAGUGGAAAAGCAAAAUUUAAACGAACUAAAAUUGAUCAUUUACUUAAUCGAAUCAUUCUUGGUAUCUUUCUCUUCUUAUUAAUAAUGUGUGCAAUAAUGACAAUCUGUAGUGGUUUUUGGGAAUCAUUUGUUGGUUAUGAUUUUCGUGACUAUUUACCAUGGGAAACAUAUGUAUCGAAAGAUCAAAAGAUUGGUGCACUUGAAAUAAGUUUAUUAGUAUUUUUAUCAUAUAUUAUUAUAUUAAAUACUGUUGUGCCAAUCUCACUUUAUGUCAGUGUAGAAUUUAUACGUUUAUUACAAUCUAAAUGGAUUGAUUGGGAUAUUAAAAUGUAUUAUGAACCAAAUAAUGUUCCAGCUCAAGCUCGUACAACAACAUUAAAUGAAGAAUUAGGACAAAUUGAAUAUAUAUUUUCAGACAAAACAGGAACACUAACACAGAACAUCAUGACAUUUAAUAAAUGUUCAAUACGAGGACAACUUUAUGGUUAUGUAACUGAUGAAGCUGGUAAUGAAAUACAAGAUACUGAAAAAUUAAAACCAAUUGAAUUUGAAGAAAAAGAUGAAGAUUUUGAAUGGUACGAUCAAAAAUUACUUGAUGCUAUUAAAAAAAAUGAUAAAGAUGUAAAUAAUUUUUUUGCAUUAUUAUCUAUUUGUCAUACGGUUAUGCCCGAAGAAAAAGAUGGAAAAAUUAUUUAUCAAGCACAAUCACCUGAUGAAAAUGCACUUGUUUCUGCAUCACGUACAUUUGGUUAUGUAUUUGUUGGUCGUACACAAAGUAGUAUUACAGUUCGUUUUCAAGAUAAAGAAGAAACAUAUGAUUUAUUGAAUAUACUUGAUUUUGAUAAUGAUCGUAAACGAAUGUCGGUUAUUAUUAAAAAAGAUGGCAAAAUAAUUUUAUAUUGUAAAGGUGCUGAUAGUAAAAUAAAAGAACGUUUAGAUCCAUCUGAAAAAGAUAUAAUGGCUGAAACGGAUGAAAAUUUGAAUAAAUUUGCUACGGAUGGUUUUCGUACACUUUGUUUAGCAUAUAGAGAAUUGAAUGAUAGUGAUUAUAGAACAUGGGCUGAAAAAUUUAAUAAAGCAAAUACGAGUAUGGAGAAACGAGAAGAAAAAGUCAAAGAAGCAUAUGAAGAAAUAGAAAAUCAUCUCAAAUUAGUUGGUGCUACAGCUAUUGAAGAUAAAUUACAAGAUGGUGUACCGCAAUGUAUCGAACGUUUAGCACGUGCUGGUAUUAAAAUAUGGGUUUUAACAGGUGAUAAAAUUGAAACUGCUUAUAAUAUUGGUUUAUCAUGUCGUUUAUUAACAAGUGAUAUAGAAACUUUUUUUAUUGAAGAAGAUAGUGAAGAUGCUGUCGAUAAAAAAUUACAAGAAGUUCGAAAUAAAAUGAUUAGUAAAGUUGAACAAUUAUUUGAUGUUCAUAUUGAAAAUAAAACGAAAAGACUUGAUUGGAAAGAUUGGGGUAUUGAUGUUAUGAAAUUUGAUCAAUAUAGAAGAAAUGAUAAUCAAAAUAAUGGUAAUGCAAAACGUACAAAUGAUCAUGCAACAACAACAAUGAAUACAAAUCCUCAAGAUCGUGAACAAUUUGAAGGUUUUGGUUUAUUAAUAACAGGUCAAGCAUUAGGAUAUGCAUUAAAAGAUAAAUUAAAAAUGAAAUUUCUUGAACUUGGUACAAUGUGUAAAGCUGUUGUUUGUUGUCGUGUAACACCAUUACAAAAAGCUCAAGUUGUUGAAUUAGUUAUGCAAAAUGAAAAAAAAAUUACAUUAGCUAUUGGUGAUGGGGCUAAUGAUGUAUCAAUGAUACAAAAAGCACAUAUUGGUGUUGGUAUUAGUGGACAAGAAGGUCGACAAGCUGUCUUAGCUAGUGAUUAUAGUUUUGGACAAUUUCGUUUUCUUGAAAGAUUACUAUUGGUUCAUGGUCGUUGGUCAUAUUUACGAAUUUCAAAAUUUUUACGUUAUUUUUUCUAUAAAAAUUUUGCAUUUACAUUAUGCCAUUUUUGGUUUGGAUUUUUUUCGGGGUUUUCAGCACAAACAUUAUAUGAUCCAUUCUUUGUGGCAACAUACAAUGUUUUCUUUUCUUCAUUACCAGUUUUGGCAUUGGGUGUUUUCGAUCAGGAUGUUAGUGCUGAUCAUUCAUUGAGCAAACCUCAUUUAUAUACACCUGGUCAAAAUAACGAGUUUUUUAAUAAAAAAAUCUUUGCUGAAAGUGUAAUACAUGGUAUAUUAACAUCAUGUAUUAUAUUUUUUGUUCCAUAUUUAUCUGUAUCGAAUACUACACGACCAGGUGGAAUGACACAAGCUGAUUUACAAUCAUUUGGUUUUAUAGUUGCAACAAUAAUGGCUAUUAUUGUUAAUUUAGAAAAUGCACUUGAAACAUGGUAUUGGACUGGUUUAUAUCAUUUUGUUUUAUGGGGUACUAUAGUUGUACAUUUUCUAUUUCAUUUUGCAUUAUAUUCAACAAUAAUUUGGAAAAUUUUUAAUUCAAAUUAUGCAUAUGUUGGUGUUGCACAAGCUGUUUUAUCAACAGGCAAUUUUUGGUUUACAUUAUUUCUGACAUGUGCUAUAUUAUUAUUACCGGUAUUUUGUCGAGAGUUUUUUCGUAUGCGAUUUAUGCCAAAUAAAACUGAUCGUGCACGAUUAAAUCAGAAAUUUCGUACUGAAGAAAAAGCAGCAUUUGUUGCACAUAUACAACAUAAACUUCGUCAAAGUAAACGUUCAAUUCGAUCAGGUUAUGCUUUUUCACAACAACCUGGUUGGGGUCCAUUAAUUACAUCUGGACGAAUGCAAUCGAAAUCUAUUACAUAUACUCGACAACCAUCACAUACUACCAACACAACAAUACCAAAAUUUCCUAAAACUCGAAAAACUCAUGUGGUUAAUGAAUUGUCACCAAAGAAUCCUGUAAAACCUGAUAAUAAAGCCCAAUCAGGUGCGCAACUUAUUCGUCUUGCUCAUAUACGGUCUUCAUAA